GAUCAAAAGAACAAUGGCAUCCUCAAUAAAUUCAGCAAGUUGUGAGAGUUCUGAAGCACUGUUGAGUGUUCAAGAGCUGAUAAAGAAACCCCUCACUUCGGUUCCUCAACGCUAUAUUACACGACUACACAAUCAUGAACCUUCAUCUGUUCAAGAUGAAACCCUCUCUCAUGCAAUCCCAACCAUCAGCCUGAAAAAAUUGAUUCAUGGAGGAGCUACAAAAACUGAACAAGAGAAAUUGAACUCAGCUUGUAAGGACUGGGGUUUCUUUCAGUUGGUGGAACAUGGAAUAAGCCCACAAGUGCUGAAAACGCUCAAAGAUGAGAUUGAAGGAUUCUUCGGGCUUCCCUUGGAAGAAAAGAUGAAAUACAAGAUAAGGCCAGAUGAUGUUGAAGGCUAUGGAGCUGUGAUUAGAUCAGAGGAUCAAAAACUUGAUUGGGGUGAUAGGUUAUAUAUGAUAACCAACCCUCUUGGUAGAAGAAAACCAUAUCUUCUCCCAGAACUCCCUUCAUCCCUUAGGAGGAUCUUAGAAGUGUACAUUGUGGAGUUGCAAAAUCUUGCCAUGACAUUUCUAGGGCUGUUGGGAAAAGCCCUGAAGAUAGAAAAGAGAGAGUGGGAGGUGUUUGAGGAUGGGAUGCAAUCGGUGAGGAUGACAUACUAUCCUCCAUGCCCACAACCAGAGCGGGUAAUGGGCCUCACUGCUCAUUCAGAUGCAACAGGAAUCACAAUUCUCAACCAAGUCAAUGGAGUGCAUGGCCUCCAGAUUAAGAAACAUGGCAUUUGGAUUCCAGUCAACGUCGCCUCAGAUGCUCUUAUUCUCAAUAUUGGAGACAUUUUAGAGCUUAUGAGCAAUGGGUUAUAUAAAAGUGUUGAACACAGGGCAAUAGUGAAUUCCACGAAAGAAAGGAUUUCCAUUGCUAUGUUUUUUGCUCCCAAGUUUCAAUCUGAAAUUGAACCUGCAGCUAGUCUCACUGGUCGAGAAAAUCCCCCCCUGUAUAAAAAGAUCAAAAUGGAGAAAUAUGUUAAUGAUUUUUUCACUCGCAAGCUAGAUGGAAAGUCUUAUUUAGAGCAUAUGAAGAUCACAGAUGAAAAUGCUUCCAACGUCAUGAAACUGAAUAGCUCUUGCAAUUAAUCAUCAUAUUAUAUUAUUGUUAUUAAUAUUAUUUACUAAUAUGUUUGCUUGUUUGAUCACUGUAUAAAAGACUAAAAAAGCCUGUCAGUGUGCUUUCCGA